AAACGUUUCCCAAUUCUUCUUCUACUGUUGAGCCGAUGCAAUCUGUUACAUGCUUUGUCACACUUCCAACGGACACCACCCUUUUCCAGUAAAUCAACUCAGGGUUACAAGUUUUGCUCAAGGGGACACUGAUGGUGGGUCACUUUCCCCGCCCCAAGAGGUGACCGCGGGCUGAAUAAUGUAUUUUUGGCCCUGCGCCAUCCUCCUGGAAACAGCCUAAGUUACAGCACACAACAAAAGCCCACAUUUCACCUGCGUGCCUCACUGCUGGGACACCUGUAGCCACGACACGCAUCGCUAAACGCGUUUUUUGGGGGAAGAGGAAGAACGCAUGAUGCGCAAUUACGCACGGGACUAAAGGAAUUCGACGAGCAGCUUGUCUUUUUUUUUUGUCACUCCUCCAGGGGAUACGCCGUCCAUAGUUUUGGAGUCCUCUCCAUUUACAGGGACGAUAUCUAUGCGCGACGUCAUCAGCGCAGUUAACAGCCUCUCCUCACCUGUCAACUCCGAAGUUCACCGUCCCAGUCCUCUAUGUGCACAGCGCAGGAUGGGAUGCUCCACAAGUUCCCAAACUUCGGCGACAGAGAGCAAUCAACCCGGUGAUAAACCCGACGAGAGCAACGGAGCAAGCACGACAGGAGCAGCCAAUGAGAAUGGGAAAGUAGCCGAGGACAGCGAAACCAUUCCGGACCAGACGCCUGCUGAGGGCGGCGAUGCUAAACCUGCAGACGAGCCCGCUGCAGAUGCUGCAGCUGCAGCGUCUGCAGCGUCUGCAGACAACACCGCUGCAGCUCCACCUGCAGCUGCGGAAGCCCAGCCUGCUGCAGACAGUCCGCCUGCAGAGGCAGCAGCACCUGCAGAGGCUUCGGCGGCGGCUGACGGCGGCGCAGAGCCUGCAGCUGCAGCUCCUGAGCAAGAAAAAGCAGAGGCCACAUCGACCGAUGCAGAGCCCAAAACAGAGGAGGCACCAGCUCCCAGUGAGUGAGGUCCAGCCUGAGCGACUGCACAGAUUAGUGUCUUACCUUGUUCGUUGUUAUGCAUGAGUGAACGUAUGCGCAGGUGUGUGUGUGUUUGCGUGUGAAAGACAUGUUGCCUUGUUGCCAAGAUGCAGACCCUGCGAUAUCCCCGACCAGUCAGGGGUUCCUCAGUCAUCACUGUGCCUUCCUUCCCCCCCCCCGUGAUGGUGUACGUCUUGCAAUUUCUGCUCGUACGAUGUAACUGUAUAUAGACAAGAGAAUCCUACAGUGCAUAGAGGGUGUGUUUUGUUUUCAGAGGAUGUCAGAAUAACUUGAAAUUUCUAUUUAUUAUCCUUAUAGACACAGCAGACUUUCCAAAAAAACAUCAUAAUGUCUUUAACUUUAACCAUUCCGUAGUUUUCUAUAAAAAUUAUAAUUCCAUGAAAAAACCAAAGCCAAAAUGUAUUUGAUUUCUGAAAUUAUAUUCUUUAUGGGUAGCAGGCUUUGAUUUUGUUCUACCAUGUUUGUGAUGAAUAUGCAGAGCUACUAUGCAGAGAGUCCAACUGAUUUUAAACAUUAACAUACGUGUUUCUGAUGAGUGCGAAUGAGAUUGAGAGCAGGCAUGAGACCUUUUGUUUUGCUUCUGAUGUGUCAUGAUUUUUCUCUGGGAAAAACGACCCGAAAUCUGUAAUAAGCUACAAACUGUCACCAAAUAAAAUUUAAAAAAAGACCACCUUAAAAAAACAACAUCUGAUCCAUGUGCUUUCUUUUGUGUCUUAAUGCGGGAUGUUGUCGGGUUUCGGGGUGAGUAACCAUUCAGGAAAAGAGAGAUUUUUACCCAUCAUUUAUUAGUGAGAGCUGCACGUUUAGAAUGUGUUUUAAAUGGCAAUCUGGAACAAAACAAAAAGAUGAGACACGAAAGCUGAAAGAGCACCAAGAGGACCUUGUUUAGAUCCUGAAUCAUAGGCCAUUGUGAGCAGGGAAUGUUAGACUGGUUUUACAAUUCAAUCCAACUUCAUCAUUAUGUUUGGUAUUAAGUGUGUCAGGUAGCCACAAGCCAAAUGCUGGAGAUAAGUGCUGCCUUGUUAUUCAGGGUUUUAGCAUAAUAUGGUAGAACGCUGA